UUUUCCCACUUUCUUGCAGUUGGUUAUAUUGACAAUUCUAACUCAGUCAGGUGUUUGCACUCUGAAUGUGAGCAUGAUGUCAGUCAGUCUCCUCUAGAAGCCUAUUAAAAUCACUCCCCAUAUUUACCAUAACUAGUUAAGCUAUGCAAGGGUGGGCAAACGUAAUUAGCGAUAAAUACAUUUCCCAUUAAAUUCAUUUGGUUAAUUAUUAAACUAUUACAACUAAUUUUUUUAUUUCUUUAAUUAGGCUAUAAUAAAACAUUCUCAUCAUGUGAAGGGCCUUUCAAAUACCCUUAAGAAAUUUUCACACUCGCAAGGUUUGAGCUCUGUAUAUAGAGCUGGCAUGCUCUCCCCCUGGUAAUGACACCCCAUGCAAUCCAGGGGGUACCCCAGCAUUCUGGCCUACUCUGCCUACGAUAGGCUCCACCUUGACCACCACAAGCGGCUUGCAAAGGGUUGGGAGGAAAAAAAACACGGAAAACGCUAACCUGAAGCCAGAGUCAUUCAAAGGGGAAGGCUAAAAAAAGUAUGCGCGUCGGACUUUGGCGUAAUUUAUAAAAUGAAAGAAAUGUGAUUGAUUGCUUUUUUCUCCAAUCAUCGCUCAAACAUUAUUCCACGUGGCCAAUACUAUCAAAACGGGGGCUGGAUUUACAAGAGGUGCCCCGGCAGAAGACGAAGUGAAGCCGAAGAAGGAUGUGAAGGUGAAAGCAUUUUGUUUACGUCUUUAUAUCCCCGUGUCAGCUGGACACAGAGCAAAGAUGGUUUUUGAAGUCUUGCAAGGGAGUUUCUUCCCUCUUUUCCCUUGGUGACCCAGCAGAGUGGAAGGCAGCGGUACUCCGUUGUCCCCAGGCGCCUCUGUAAAUCCUCCAUCUCUGGCAGCAAUGGAGAUCAUUGUGGCCAAAGUGCUCUGUCUCCUGGGAGUGUUCGCUCUCAUGCUGGCUGGAAUCCUCAUCCCAGUGAGGGUCCUGCAAAUCGACUAUGAAAAAGCCCAGCGAUACAGGAAGAUUUUAGCUCUCUGCAAUUCCUUUGGUGGCGGCGUCUUCCUUGCAACCUGUUUCAAUGCCCUCCUGCCUGCAGUGAGGGAGAAGGUGCUCCUUGUCCUGAAUGUGGUGCAGGUUCAGACAGAUUACCCCCUCGCAGAGACCAUGAUGAUGCUUGGCUUUUUCUUAACCGUGUUUGUAGAGCAAACAGUGCUGACUUUCCGCAGAGAGAGGCCAUCAUUCAUUGACUUGGAGACAUUCAACGCAGGGGGUUCAGAGGCUGGUAGUGACUCUGAGUACGACGCACCAUUUAUCGCACCCCCCAGGGCCUCUGUUCGCGGUCCCCACCAGGACGGCCACCACCACGGACGCCUCAGCCCUUCAGAUAUAGCGCGGGCAGGUCCGCUGAGACUCGCCAGCUUGGUCCUGGCCCUGUCUGCCCAUUCGGUCUUUGAGGGUCUGGCCCUGGGGCUGCAGGAGGAUGGGGUCCAGCUGGGACGACUUUUUGUAGGGGUGGCUGUUCAUGAGACCUUGGCCGCUGUGGCUCUCGGUAUCAGUGUGGCUAAAGCAGGCCUGCCCAUGCGGGACGCUAGCAAGCUCGGGGUCACCGUCAGCCUCAUGAUCCCUCUGGGAAUAGGGCUGGGGAUGGGCAUCGAGAGUGCCCACAGCCUGGCUGGGGACAUCGCUUCUGUCGUGCUCCAAGGCUUGGCCGCUGGCACCUUCCUCUUUGUCACCUUCUUCGAAAUACUGUCCCAUGAGCUUGAGGACAAGCAUGACCGUCUACUCAAGGUGCUCUUCCUCAUUUUGGGAUACGGUGUGCUUGCAGGCCUCGUCUUCAUAAAAUAGCGCCCCCUGGUGGCGGGGAGGGGGUAAGCCUAAGCGAGGUGCUGAGGUACUCCAAUGAGGCUGUUAAUUAACCAGCAUUUCUGAAAGCUAAGACUGGUAGUAAUCUGAUAAAGGUCACGCCAGCAGCCUUCCCUGGAUCCUUUCACCAUUGUCUGUUAUUGUGGUUACCUGCUGACUUGGCCGAUUCAGUUCCAAAUGAAGGACCUGUCACUGUUCGAAUACCUGAUGUAGUUUACAAAGGGGCAGCUGUGCCCGAUGCUCACUUUUAUUUAUUAAAUGAUGCAGAAUUAUAAA